AUGGUCGCCCUGAACUAUCUGACUGCCUUCCUCUGGCUUGUCACUUUCGCUGCCGCCUCCCCGAUUCCAGAUGUCGACCGUAGAGGUCCAUUUGGUCCCAUUCGGUUCCCUCAAAUCGACCCCCGCGGCCUACUGUGUAAACUCCCAUUCAUCAGGAUCAUUUGCCCUCGCGGCGGCUCCAGCAACCCGACGUGCUCGACACCAAUUGGGACGGCUCGUGGUGUAGUUGACCCAGACGGCGCCAACCGGUAUUCAGUCAAGUACGCCAAUGCUAACCGAUGGCAGCCAUCCACUGUCGCGACCACAUGGAGUUUACCGAAUGGCAGCACCAACAUCACUGCUCUUCCGCUUGCAUGUCCUCAAGUUAAUGCCGAUGCUUCAUCUGUGUCCGAGGACUGCUUGUCUAUGAUACUCUACGUCCCAGCGACAUUACAUGUUGGGUCUAAUGCACCUACGUUUGUCUGGAUCCACGGAGGAUCAUUCUUUGUUGGCUCGGCCAAUGGUCCUGGGUUGGAUGGCUCUAAACUUGCCAUUGCGACCAACUCUAUUGUCGCUGUUAUACAAUACCGUCUAGGCGCACUGGGAUUCAUGGCACCUGAUGGCAAGACCAACUUGGCCGUUGGCGAUGCAAUUAACGCGCUGAAGUUCCUCAAGAACGUGGUCCCAUCCUUUGGCGGAAGCACUUCAAAGAUUACCAUCGCCGGUCAAAGCGCCGGGGCUACCAUGGUUAGAGCACUCCUCGCUGCCCCUUCAGCCUCCUCGCUCUUCAAAAAUGCCAUACUCCACUCUGACCCUAUGGACUUUGGUUUCCUUUCGACAACGGCCCAACAAAAUAUGCAGAGCCAUUUCAAUACUGAGAUAAACUGCGGCGCCACAGAUACCGCUUGCCACAAUGCCCUCUCCUUGUCAACGAUCACCGACGCAUCCUUGGAACUUUUCUCAUCAGCGGCGAGCUUUGAGCCCAGUGCUGGCAUGUCCCAGCCUAUGCGUCCAGUCCGCGACGGCUCCCUCAUCACCUCGUCUCUUGACUCGGCAUCCUUCCCUUCCAUGAGUAAGCCCGUCCUCAUUAACACCGUUGUAAACGACGCCGGUCCUGCUAUUUAUGGGAACUUUGAUGAACCUAUGGGCGAACAAAUGUUCCAGGCCGUCGUGUUUGGCACCCUUGGUGAAGACCGGGGAGACACCAUUCUCUCCUCUACCCAUUACCCAUUACCACCAACCGUCAACGGCCAAUUGGACGCUCGACCUACUUUAGAGACUAUGGGAACUGAUCAAAUGUGGAAGUGCCCCAGCUGGACAUUUGCCCGCAACUAUAUCCAGAACGGCGGUACGGCAUACAUCGGAGUCUACUCAGUGGGCGCCACGUACCCAAGUAACGAUGGGGUUUCGUUUUGUGCCCAGAACGGCGUUGUUUGCCACGAGGACGAUAUUCAGAUUGUGUUUGGGACUACCAAUAGCCCAACCGCUGCGCAGUCCUCCCUUACUACGGAAGUUCACAAACGAUACAAGGCCUUCAUGAACAAUGGUAAUCCCAAUCCUUCAGGUGUUUCCGCUUGGUCGGCCGCUACCUCGUCCAACCUCAAUGCCAAGGACUUGGGAGGUUCGAGUGCAAUUCCCAUCGGUGCAUGCGACCCCAGCUUCUGGGGAGCCGCGGUGCCAUACGACUACCAAGUUUACCCUUAA